AUGCAGACCCCACAUCUGCUGGAACUCUGGACCUUGCCUUACUGGGCACCAGGCAAGGCAGCAGGCCCUGCAGGUAGCCGGAGUAUGGAGCCCAUUGGCCUUCAUAGCACCUCCCAAGCCCUGUACAUGGUCCUUUUAAUAGUGCUGGUCAUGAGGAGCUUGGUGUUUGGUAAUUUUGAUCCUGUCAAUCCGGAACCCCCUCAUCCAGCUCAGUUCUCCAAAUAUCUGCGCUGCUAUCGAUGCCUCUUGGAGACCAAGGAGUUGGGAUGCCUUCUGGGAUCUGACAUCUGCCUUGCCCCCCCCGGCAGCAGCUGCAUGACUCUGCUCAUAAAGAACAGCAGUGGUUCUGACAUCAUGGUGAGUGACUGCCGCCGCAAGGAGCAGAUGAGUGAUUGUUCAUAUACCCGCUCUUCUCCAGUGUUUGGCUUCUGGAUAUUUUCUCGAUGCUGCUUCCUGGAGUUCUGCAAUAACCCUCAGAACAGAGUGUUCUAUAUUCCUUAG